AUGGACAACCGACCUGCCUCCGAGUACGCGCAGUCAGGUUCGCAUUUUCCAUAUACACCGUCUGCCGCGCCCCAUUCUGAACUCCCUGCUGCAGACCAGACUUCUGCUGCAGCCACUGCUCAAUACACCUCGACCCCCCAGCCGGAGGUCCGCCCCAACCCUCAGUACACGCCGCAACCCGACGUGCGCCCCGCCGCCAAUAUUUCCUCCUCCAACACGCCGCAGUCGGACUACGGUCUGAGUCAACCGCCCGCCGCGCGCUCCCCCGCCUACCCCGAGUACCUCGCUCGCCCGCCUCAGUACCACCACGCGCCCAGCACCCAACCCGGUGGUGCGGCAGGUAUGGCUCAAGCAACAAGUCCGUCCAUGACCACCACCCUCCAUCAUGAUGGGCAGCACAAUGGCCAUCGCAACCACUCGAACGUGAAGUCUGACGCCGGCGUUCCUAUAGAUCCCUCCAUCGCGGCCUCCAGCCCUACCUACCCCCCUCCCUACUCGCCCUAUCAGCCGCAGGGUCAUGAGAUGGCGCAAUACCAAGGUCACCCGCCUCCGCCGCCGCCUCAGAUGUAUGCGCGUCCAGAAUGGUCGCAUGGAUAUGGUCAACAUCAACAUGGUCUGCCUGGACCUUAUACCACUCCUGCCACAACGGUUGGUCCCGCCUCCCCUGCUGCGACCGCAGGGCCGCGCCCUGGCCAGGUCUACUCCUUUGUCCCCAUUCCGGGUGCGCAGCAACAUAAGCGUCCUCGCCGUCGCUAUGAAGAAAUUGAGCGCAUGUACAAGUGCGGAUGGAAUGGUUGCGAGAAAGCCUAUGGUACACUCAACCACUUGAAUGCCCAUGUUACGAUGCAGUCUCAUGGAGCCAAGCGGACUCCUGAAGAAUUCAAGGAAAUUCGCAAGGAGUGGAAGGCUCGGAAGAAGGAGGAAGAAGCGCAGCGUAAAGCUGCCGAAGAGCGUGAGCGUGCUGCCGCUGCUCAAGCGGCUCAGGCCAACCAGGUUGACGCGCCUGCUGGCGGUGAUCCUGCACAGGCUGCUCAACCUCCUGCUUACGCUGGAGGCGUUCGUCCUCAACUCCCCCCGAUUGGGUACCAACCGGCCGACGGCCAGGUGCCUGGCCAGUACGGCGCUCCCGGUGCUGGUGGCAUGGUCUACCAGGGCAACGGGCAGAUGGCCUAUCCUCCCAACUACCCUCACUCCCCCUACGGCCAGAGCGGCCAAGUCUAUCAGCAACAAAACCAAUCGACCAGCUACCCGCAAUAG